AUGGCCAGCAGCUUCCUCUUCAGCCUCCAGCCCAGCCAUGCCAACCCCAACAUGCACUCCACCAACACAAACACAAACACCCGCCAGCGAGAACACCCCGUGCCCGUCAGCGCCAAGGCUCCGAUCCCGUCCUUCUACGAAAACCUGAACGGCCGCUGGGUGCUCUCAGACAACUGGAACCUCUACGGCCUCUCCGGAUCCAGCCAGCGCCAUCGCCCCCGCUCGCUCGACCAGGCCCCCAGCCAGCCACCCUCCACCCCCUCGCUCGUCCACCAUGCCUCCGCCCUCAACGGCACCCCCGCCAGCCUCCAGUACGACGCCGCCCCGCUCAACAGCUCAUCCACAACGACGCCGGCGAACACCACCGCCAGCCAGAAGCUGUAUCUGCCCGCCGGAUGGAACCACACCUCCAAGCGCGGCCCGCUCUACGCCACCUCGGUCAUCGUCGUCGCCAGUCUGCUCAUCGCCGUCGCCGUCCUCAGCACCGUCGUCUGUCUGGUCGCCCGGAGGAGAGCCCGUGGCCGGCGGAAGACCCAGCUCAAGGAAGGCCUCCUCGACCCCGCCGCCGCACACUCUCCAGCCGACCACCAUCCCUCCCACAGCCACCCGACCUCCACCAGCAGCAAGCUCAGCCCGGCGGAGAUCGAGGAGGGACGGGGCCUGCAAGCCAAGCAGCUCAAGCACCGACUCGUCCCCCGCAAACUCAGCCAGCUCACCCUCGUCAAGGUCUUCCGCUCCCCCAGGGGGAAAACCCAGGCCCGGAUCAGCAGGAUCUCCAUCCUGCCCUCCUCAAAGCCCAACGAGCCCCCGCCCCCCUCCCUCAUCGUCGUCGGCGAGGCCAGACGCUCCGCCAGCUUCAACUCCACUAGCAGCUUCCGAUGCACCGGCGACGCCCUCGCCCGCAGACGCACCCACUCUCAUCGCACCGAAUCGCAGAGCGACGAGACCGCCGAGCCCAACCACCAAACCCUCAACGGCCUCCUGAGCGUGCCCAUCCAUCGGAACCCCUCCUCCACCGUUUCCACCUUCACACCCGCCCAAUUCCCGACGCUCCCGCCCCCCGAAUCGUCUCCCGCAGGAGGAGGCUCAUCAUCGGGGGCCCAGACGAUCCGGGCGGUCGAGAGUGUGGCCGAGCUGGCCGACGAACGGCCGCCGGCGGACGAUCUCCUGUCGCGGACGUACUCGACGACGAUGUCCGAGCCCUCCCCACGGAGGAGGCGGACGCGGAGCGAUCAGCGGAGGGGCCAGCAGCGGGCAGAAGACGAGCGGCCGGCCUGGCCGAUCCCCACAGAUCCGACGUGGGCCGCCGCGGGACGACAGACGGAGCCAGGCCGGGCAAGCGUGGACCCGAACUACCGCUCCUGCCGCGAAAUCAUCCGGGCACGCAGCUCGACCAGCUCGUCGUCCCAUCGCGGGCCGCCCGUGCUUGCGUCCAGCUCGCCCGCAUCCCUGCCCGACCUGCACUUCUCGAUCCCCCCACUCCCGCCCUCGUCGGGCUCCCGGCCGAGCCUGGCCCACCACGACGCCCCCCAUCUCCCGGGGACAGACCCGAGCGGCGAGCCGCUGCCGCCAGCCAGUCGGAUGGCGGAGAAACAGCGGAUGUCGGCCGAGCUUGCGGGGCCCCCUGAUGCCCCCGACCCUCGGCCCCGUCGAGAGCCCGACCAGGAGCCCGAAGACGCCAUCGACCGGGCCCCGUUCGUCGCCCAUGUGGCCACCGACGACAAGCUCGUCCUCAAGUCGCUGCUCAGGAUGGGCUCCACUCCCGCCAUGGGUUCCCGCUCGACGCCGGGCGACAAGGCGCUGGCGGCCGAGCACGAGCAGUCGCCCGGCGACAGUCGUCGGCCCAGCCUGGCUCUCCCCGGGCUCCUCGAGCGCAGCACUCCGACCACGGCGACGGGCUCGGGUGUCGAGCGGCCCUCUGCGCCGCCUCUGGUUGCCGAAGGAGACGACGACCCGUUCGCGCUCGACGAGAAGCCUCGCCUCCACCCCCCGCACCCGCAGGACCCGAUGGACGAUGGACUGGUGGGCCAGUCGACCGACCUCACCGGAUUCACCGUCUCCUCGAUCGUCCCGCCCUACGUCGAAUAG